AUGUCCCAAGAGUUGCAAGUCAAUUAUCCAGAUCCUGGCUUUUGGACAGAAACCUCACUGAUUCAAUUGGUUUAUGGUAUUUGGGUAAAUUUAUCAAUGAUGACAAUUGGUUUGGCUUAUGGUUUUUCAGCCGUAACACUUCCACAGUUGCAGUUACCUGAUUCUACUGUAAAAGUUUCACUUGCUGAUGAAUCGUGGAUUGCCAGUGUAUUAUCAUUAGCAUCUCUUGUUGGUUGCUUGAUAUGCGGAUAUUUAAUAGAUAAAUUUGGACGUCGAACUAUGCUCAUUUAUAGUCAACUACCAGUUUGUUUAGGAUGGCUUCUAACUGGUGUUGCUAGUUCAGCUAAAUAUAUAAUACUGGGUAGAGUUAUUACUGGCGUCGGUAUUGGUAUGGUGAUGUGUGUGCCAAGAGUUUACAUGACGGAGGUUUCGUUACCAAAUAUGAGAGGCGUGAUUGGUUCCUUUCCUAAUAUUGCUAUAUCUAUUGGUAUCACUAUUCAGGCAACUUUAGGGUCAGUUUUAAAAUGGUCAACAUUGUGCUACGUGAGCAGUGUAUUUACAUUGUCGCUAUGUCUAGUUUAUUUCCGUCUACCUGAAACACCAUAUUAUUUACUUCAAAAAGCAACAAUAGAGGAUGCGAAGGCUUCUCUAAAGAAAUUUCGGUGUAAAAAAUAUAAUAUUGAAGCUGAAAUGGAAGAACUUGAAGAUUUUAAGAAUGACAAUGAUAUUCACAAGUUAUGUUUUAAGGAGCAGUUAAUGGCGUUGCUGAAAAGAUCCUCUUACAAACCUUUUUGUCUUAUGACAAUUUAUGUUAUAAUAUCUCAGUUGUCGGGUUCAUCGGUUAUUUUCAUGUGGACAGUUGAUAUAUUGGAGAGAUCAAAGUCAUCAGUUAACGCUGAAGUAGGAAAUGUUGCUCUAGGCAUUACAAGGAUUAUUAUCUCAAUAAUAACUGCUGUUCUUAUUUUCCACGUCGGUCGAAGACCUUUGGCGAUAAUUUCUGGUCUAGGUGUCGGCAUAGUGUGUAUCUCUCUCAGUCUCCUGAUCAAAUACGAGGAGCAAUCAACGAUUUUACCACAGAUUGGCUAUAUGAUUUACAUCAUGUUCGUAACGAUGGGCUACUACACUCUACCUCCACUCAUUAUGUAUGAACUAUAUCCCUUACAAGUUAGAGGUUUACUUGGAGGGAUAUCAAUAUCAAAUUUAAAUUUAUUUAUAUUCUGUUCUAAUAUAUGUUAUCCAUAUGUGAGAGACGGUCUUGGUUUUUCAAAUACAAUCCUUGCUUUCGGCGUUUGUUCUUUGGCAGGUUGCAUCUUUUUAUACUUUUGCCUGCCAGAAACGAAAGAGCUAACUCUACAAGAGAUCGAAGAAUACUAUAAUGACAGGCGCUCAACAUUGACGUCACAACGUCGACUCAUUUCCAUGCAGGUGUUGAGUAGAAGUGCAACUUCUAGUAGAUCUCUUGAUAAAGUAACUACUGGCAGGACCAAGAAAGGAGAGUCACGAGUUACCUUCCAUAAUGGUCCCAGUGUGAAAUAUGUGUCAAAACAUAAUGAAAAUAAAUAA